UUGAUUACGCUUGGCUGAUUGAGACGUUAGACCCUAUCAUUAUCGCGAUUGUUGGAGUUAAUACAUGAAUAAAGAAAGCUGUAAAAUACUCAAACAUUUAUUUAAUUCAAUCAAACUAUCGAGACAGUCAAAGCACACAGCCAAAAUGAUAAGAGCAAGGAAGCUCGGUAACCCAGCAGGAGAACGCAAUAAGUCACCUAUUCUCGAAGUUCUCAAGAAAACUCUCGAUUCGAAUAAACCGAAUCAAAAAUUGUUGGAAAUCUCUUCGGGUGUAGGUUUGCAUGCAGCUUUUUUCUCAUCACACUUUCCAAAUAUACAUUACCAGCCAUCCGAAUUUGACACUGGCUUAUUCAGUAGCAUCGAAGCGUGGCGACAGGAAAUCAACGCACCAAAUCUGCAAUCACCCAUUGCUAUUGACAUCUCUCAGCCGUGCACCGAGUGGGACAACGAGCACAAUAUCAACUUCGAGACGUCGGCGGAAAGCUUUGACUACAUGCUGAACAUCAACAUGAUGCACAUUUCCCCGUUUGAAUGUACGGAAGGGCUAUUCCGAAACGCUGGGGCGUUGCUGAAAAGAGGAGGAAUUUUGAUAACAUACGGACCUUACGCGGUAAAUGGCAAACUAACUCCAGAGAGCAAUGUACAAUUCGAUGCCAGUCUGAAAGGUAGAAAUGCGCUUUGGGGAAUUCGGGAUAUCGCUGUAUUGGAGAAAGUAUCUUCCAACUACGGUAUAUUUCUGAAGGCGACGUACGAUUUACCUGCCAACAAUAAAUGUCUGAUUUGGAUAAAACAAAUGAACGAAUAAAGGCUGAUGAAGCAAUCAGUUUACUCCUACUCCUUGUUCAUUUGUUUUGGGGACUGAUUUUUUAUUCGCCUCGGAACAAUCCAUUUAUAUACCUAUAAUGAAACAAGAUAUCUAUCGCAUUGACUACUUGGGGGCGAGAAGAAGUCACAGGAAGGUUGUGUCCAACACACGACCGCAUUAUUGACGUAGGAUUCCGUAAGGCUAUCUGUUGCAUGCUGAUUUUGGGUAUGUUUGAAGAAUUACAUCGUUCAACUGUUUGAUAAUGAUUUGGUGACCCAGCUGGUGAUGAGCUGCUGAGCUGAUGAACUGCUGAGCAGAUGAACUGCUGAGCUGAUGAGCUGAUGAGCUGUUGAGCUGGAGAGCUAUUGAGCUGUUGAGCUAUUGAGCUGUUGAGCUGUUGAGCUGCUGAGCUAUUGAGCUGCAUAGAUGUGGAGCGCAAAAGCUGCAGAGAGUAUGAAUUGUGAGACGCGAAAGGAUUUUUCGUCUCCCGCGCUUCAUGGCAUGACGUCAGUUUGUUUUCAUGUAUCCCUCUUCGUACUUUAGCUUUAGCAGAGAUGUCAGAUAAGAAAAUGGUUUUUGUUUUGAAGAUAUUCAAUCGUUCGUUACUUCAUUAUUUUUUCUUAUAUCGCCAAACAAAAUAAUAAACAUUAUUAUAUGCUUGUAAA